UCUGGACUCAAGAGGGCCACAGCACCUUCCUGAAAACUGCAGCCUCUUUCUCACCUGAAAGAAUAAACCCAGAAAGCUCACAGAAUGUGUGACGCAUUUGUAGGUACCUGGAAACUCGUCUCCAGUGAGAACUUUGAUGAUUACAUGAAAGAAGUGGGAGUGGGCUUUGCCACCAGGAAAGUGGCUGGCAUGGCCAAACCCAACAUGAUCAUCAGUAUCAAUGGAGAUGUGCUCACCAUUAGGUCAGAAAGUACCUUUAAAAAUACUGAGAUUUCCUUCAAACUGGGCCAGGAAUUUGAUGAAUUCACCGCAGAUGACAGGAAAGCCAAGAGCAUCAUAACCUUAGAUGGCGGUGCCCUGGUGCAGGUGCAGAAAUGGGAUGGAAAAUCAACCACCAUAACAAGAAAACGUGAGGGCGACAAGUUGGUGGUGGAGUGUGUCAUGAAUGGAGUCACUUCUACCAGGGUUUAUGAGCGAGCAUGAGCCAAAGGACACACACCUGGCCUGAAGUUUGCAUCAGACUCUACAGCCUUUUUGGACGAAUUGUUUAAAAAGAUGAUUAUAGUUUUUCCCUAAAUAGAAGGUAACUUCCCCCACUUGAAUUUUGUUGAAUAUGCUUAUGGCGGUUGAAUAAAACUUUUUAGAUUUAGAAGGCGGGAUAAUUACA